UGAGUGGAGCUCGGCCGCAGCGAACAUGGAGGUUUAGUUGUCGGCUGAUGUCCGCCGGAGCAGGAGGCCUCACUGAACGAGCCACUUUUCCUUUGUUAUACUUUGUUUUUUCCGCCUCCGUUCGACAUGGAGAUGAAGAAGAGGAUCAGCCUGGAGCUGAGGAACAGAAACCCCGCCGAGGUGGCAGAGCUGGUGGUGGAUAACUGUCGCUCAGGUGACGGAGAGGUGGAGGGUCUGACGGAGGAGUACACGGAGCUGGAGAUCCUCAGCAUGGUCAACGUCGGCCUCAGCUCGCUGGCCAAACUGCCAUCGUUGCCCAAACUACGCAAGCUGGAGGUCAGUGAUAACACCAUCACCGGAGGUUUGGACACGCUGGCAGAGAAAUGUCCAAACCUGACGUACCUGAACCUGAGCGGAAACAAGAUCAAAGAGCUGAGCAGCAUCGAGGCGCUGCAGAACUUGAAGAACCUGAAGAGUUUGGACCUGUACAGCUGUGAGAUCACUACGCUGGACGACUACAGGGAGAGCGUGUUCGAGCUGCUGCCUCAGCUCACCUACCUGGACGGAUACGACCAGGAGGACAACGAAGUGCCUGACUCCGAGGCCGACAAUGACGAUGACGAUGAAGGAGGUCCACACGGAGACCUCGAUGAUGAUGACGACGACGACGAGGAGGAUGAGGAUGACGAGGAAGGCUCCGACGGAGACGAGGACGAGGUCGGCCUGUCGUACCUGAUGAAGGAGGGAAUCCAGGACGAAGAGGACGACGGCGACUACGUGGAGGAGGAAGAGGACGAUGAGGAGGAAGAGGAGGAUGGAGACGACGACGGAGCUGCUGUUCGAGGGGAGAAAAGGAAGAGAGAUGCUGAGGACGACGGUGACGACGAUGACGACGAAUAGUUGGAGCCUUCACCUGCUGUUCCACCUGGCCCCACCCACCACCUGACCCCGCCCCCUCCAGUGACCUCUGACCCCUGCUGGCCUCUGAGCUGCAGACUGACAGCUGCUCGUGGCUGAUGAUGUCAUCAUUACCUCGGUGACGUCGUCAGCUGACAAGCAGGAAACCAAUCAAAAAAGCCUGAUUGGUCUUUUAAAGAGUUUGAACAGAAACAGGCUGCAUUAAUCUAAGUAUAGACUUUCAGCGAUGCCAUUUUCUCACUUUCAGGUAACAUUAAUGCAUCAUAUAGCAGUUUAUUGGUCUGGUAUUGAUCAAGGCUUAAAGAAGUGCAUUUUUCCUCGACAUGUCCAUUAAUGUCACAGUUUACCUCUGUAAAAAUCAAACCUCAUUUGAAUUUAAUCUCAUCCUGAUUGAAGUGAUUCCUGCUCUGCUCCAGAGCUCCUGCAACACUUCAACACAACGAUGAUUACCAAUUUGUUUUCAGAAUGACACGUCACAAUUCACAUGUUUUACUGAUCCGUCCUAAACCUCUAAAUUCUCAGCAGUUUGUGUCAUUUUAACUCGCUGUGAUUCAUUUUUCAAUCUAAAGUCCUGCAGUGGAAACAGGACAACAUCAAGAAGGAGAAGAAACUCAGAAAUUUCUUCUGUCAGUACCAAAGAAAAAUAAACUUUUCCUUUAUUAAUUUUAUAAAACUAAAAAAAUCCAGGAACCAUAAUGGUUCCUCAAAUGAUAAAACUCUGGAACUAAUUUUAUUUCCUCAUACUGUAGAUGUGGAACUAUCUCCAUGGUCCUCUCCAGACUUUUUCUCUCUCCUCUGCUCAUCAGCUGUAGAAAGAUGUUUCACCAUGCUGAAUGUAUCUUCAGACAGCUUGCUCCUCUGUUCACUGUUUCUGAGCCACGCUGCAUUUAUUUUAUUGAUCCAGUUCACCUGAAACCUUUGGAUUUUUCACUCUGUCAUGAAAAAUCAGUUGCAACCAGGAGUGAAGAACUUUUUUUACAGGAUCUGAUAAGAGCAAAGAUUUUAUUUUUGGAAAAAUUUUAAAUGGCACAUACAGAAUAAAGUCAUAUUAGUGAAAUAUAGUGUUUACACUCAGAUUUGGUAUUUUUUCUGACAAAGCAGCCCAAUACAGAUGACUGCUUCAAGUUGGACCUUUUGAAAGUUGAUUCUUUCAGAUUUUAGUUUUUGACUGAUCACUGGUGAUGUUUUGGAGGUUUUUAAAAAAUCAAACGUGUUUCAAACCUGCCGGCAGGUUUUAGGUUUCAGAAAUUUAAAUACUUAGAGUUAAAUGUUUUGCUCACAAAUGGUGGAAAUUAUUUUUGUUGCUGUGCUUAAAAGAAAAACAGGUUUGAUUCAGUUAAAUGGUAGAUUCUGUUAAAUGCAGCGAGUUUCUGUUUGAUCUGUCAGUUUAUUGAUCAUCGCUCAGAGCUGAUCAGGUUUUGUGCAGCGGAUCACCGUGAUCGAACUGAUUUCUAGACGUUUGAUCAGGUUCUCCCGUGAAACCAGUUCAGCUUUUACUGGCUUCUUCUGUUUCUCCUGAUCCUGAACUCAGCUUCUGUUCAAACUUUCUUCUGUUCAGUCUGCUCUGACUGAAUACUACAUUACCCACGAGUCUCAGCAGCUGUCACCGUGGAGACACUUCCAUUCAAUGCUGUGACAUCAGAACUAUUGCAGCUGCUGAUUGAUUCAAAAGUUAAUCCAGUUAAUCUCUGAUUUGAUGUUUCUCAAAGCAGAUGCAUUCUGGGACUCAUAGUCAACUCAGGUGUGUUUGAACUGUUAAUGCAUUAACCCCGCCUCCUCUCACCUGGCACCUAUCCGUCUGCAGCUCAGUGACCUUUCAGCUCCUCCCAUUGGGUCUCUGUGGGUCUCGGGUCCUUGUAAAUAGAAGUGAACUGGUCUGUGUAGGUUUUGUGGUGUCGUCUCUUUGACCCUGACUUGUCGUGUUGAGUUUAGAAACGUGAAGUCGGAGUCCACUCGUCUCCGACUUAAGUUUAUUUUUUUAUUCCUGUCUGCUGAUCGUGUUGCUGUAACCGCCGUGUUUUCGAAUAAAACGACUGAAUUCUCCA